UCAUUCGCUCAUCCAGUCACAAUUAAAUUUACAAAUCCGAGAGUUUAAGGAGCUCCCUGCAAACACUCAGAUUCCUCUGUCACUUACAGUCUCACACACAUACAGCGGUGGAUUUAUUAACUCUGAGACAUUUGAGAUCCUGCCGCACUAUAAAAAGAUGGGAGUGGAAAGUCCUGAGCCUUCAGAUGCUGAUUUCACCUAUGAUUAUGAGUUAAUCAGAAGAGGCGGACUGAUCUUCGCAGCUGUUUUGUUCUGUUUGGGCAUGGUUAUCAUAUUCAGCAAAAAACUCAGAUGUGGAAAGUCCUCUGCUACGCAUGAAGAUAAUGGUGAUCUUUGACCUCUCCUUCGUUAACCUUCACUGCUUUAACUUUCUGUCAAGAGAGGGGUUUUAAAUGACAUUUAAAAGGUCAUUUCCUUUCUUACCAGACUACACAUUUGUCUUAGAUACUCUCAAUAAAAAUACAGAUUCCCAAUGUAGAAGUGUAUUAUAUUACAGGAUUUUAGACGUAUUUGUAUUUAUUCAAUUAUCAAAACUGCCUGUCUUACUAUGU